AUGGAACACGGGAUCUUUUUUAUUAUAAUUGGUAUCACCAUCCAAUCACAGUCAACGUCAGCGAUCUGGUCCUGCAGCCUAGACUCCGAGUGUUCCAGUCUUACUGGCAGCAUCUGUGUAGACGGAAGUUGUGUCUGUGCACCUGGUCAACAACCCGUACUAGGUGGGACGAUCUGCGCUGAUGAGCAUAUGAGGAGUACAUUGGAAGAGGCGAUUGUGGAAACGCGCAGUACGCCUCUCGAAAAUCGACCGCGACUUCCCCGCAUAGCCCUAAGCAAGCGGAAUCGGGCUGUCGUGAGGGCUCUGAACCCAAUGCUGGUGACCUAUUUGGAAGCCAGCCGGGACCUUUGCGAGACGGACUCAAUUCUUUUUGGCGCCGCACUGGCAGCGUGCCGUACUAUAGGCGCCAAACUUUCCACGUUCGGACGCGCUACUGGACAAAGUAGCGCUAUCCCAGCCUGGAGAAUAAAAAUUGAAGAACGUAUCGCAAAGGCUAGGGCCCUCAUCGGCAGACUGAUAUGCUUCAGGUCAGGCAACAACAGGCCAAGGAUUUUGCGCACCAUCAGGAUUGCAUUUGCUGGGACAAAUGUUAGUUUGUCCCAGCCGGAUAUAAUGCAAAAACUGACGGAGCGCAUAGACGACCUGAAGCAGAGAAUCGCUGCUUGGGGAAAGCGGAUUCGGCGAUAUACCGAGAGGUCGACACGGUUUAACCAGAAUCGUCUCUUCCAGAGUGAUCAGAAGAGGCUCUAUAAAUCGUUGGAGCGACCAAUGGUAAGUGGAACGGGCCCAGCACCGAAUCAGGCCGACACUGUAGCAUUCUGGCGCGGCCUGUGGUCAGAGCCCGUAAACCACAGCGAGGGCCCUUGGACGGAAGUUGUGGCGAGUCAGUGUGCGAGUAUAACGCCCAUGGACCCCGUCAUUAUAACACCGGAUGACGUAGCUGAGGCGGUCCUGGCACCAUAUUUCACUUCUCCUUGCUUAGAAGAUCAUCAGUGCUUCAGACUUUUCAACAAUUACGAGUGUCAACUAAAUAACAACGAUGCAGUGCCGAAUCCCCGUACCCUACAAAUAAUCCGGAAUCUCAAACAAGAUAGUAAAUCUGUUAUACAGAAUGAAAUACCUACGACUUCAACUUCCAUACAAUUCACUGAAAAGGAACAGUUCAUUUUAUCUCCCAAGCCUAACGAUAAUAUUGAAAAUAAAGAUUUAUCUAAUGUUAGUGAAGACUUUUGUUCAGAUGAUAGUGUGAAGGAUCCUGACUAUGUAGAUAUCGAUACACCCUGUUCUACAAAGAGGUCUCUUUUGAAAAAUAAAAACCGAGAAGUUUUUAAAAAUUUGUUGAGUGGAGUAGAUUUAAAUGAAAAACAAUAUGACAAUUUCAGUAACGAUGUUUUCACCAUAAACCAAACAAGUUCACCUAUACCUAUGCCGAUAGCCCCCAUGCAAACAGAAUCUAGUAGCAGCUCAAGCGAUGGAAUUGGUUCAUCCAGCUCAAGCGAUGGAUCUAGUUCCUUAGAUUCCGAGAGUUCAUCAGACGAUGAAUUGAAUAAUGAACGUUUAACAGCAGUGGUUCAGUCUAGGGUAGACAAUAACACAUUUCUUACAAGAGCUACCUGCAUCGAAGAAGAUAUUUCUCGCAAUGAUUCGAUUGAGCCAGUAGCUUCAACUUCAUGUUCCACACCUCCAACUUCUUUAGAACUUACUGCUGAUACCAGUUCUACACAUCUUGGUUGUAUCGAUAAUAUCAGCUCAAAUAAAGGACGGAAAAGAAAAUCUACACCCAAUAACUGUUUGCGUAACAAGGCAAAAAUCCUAAGAAACUCUGAAGGUACUUGCGGCUGCAAAGCCGGCCAUCACUACUUUCGCGGCAGAUGUUGGAGCUCAUCGGACUACGGUGAAGCCUGUACCAGAGAUGAGGAAUGCUUGGGGGCAAUAAGGGAUCCUUACAGCAUGGUUUGCAAUGGAACGUGUACCUGUGCCGAUGGGUAUUAUUUAAGGCAGCGAGGCGAGUGCAGGAAGAUGGGGUUGUCUGUAGGCGAUGGUUGCGUGCUGAACGAGGAUUGCCAGUUCCCCGAUGGUGCUUGUGAUCAGGCAAAUUUUGUAUGCUACGAUGUUAACGAUCAAAAUUUUAAUGAAACUACUUUUAUGGAAAUCAGUAACGGCGAAAGCAACGGCAUCAAUAUGUUUAACAACAUGGCGACUGUAUCAAAACAAAAUGGCAGCACUAUUACAUGUGGCGCUAACGACGCGUGUCCGGAACCAUUUGAAUGUUCACCUUUCGGUGUCUGUAUUUGUCCACUUGGAUAUUACGGCGGAGAAAACACAACAUGCUUAGCUGAGCUUAGUUCACCGGCCACAGAAGAUCAAUGCAAAGGGCUGUUGGCUACGGUGGUGAACGGAGUCUGCACAUGCCCACCAAAUUUCUUCUUCGAUGUCAACAUGAGGGAUUGUGUCAGAGUCACACGUCAGUUCUCGGAGUCCUGUAUAUCUGAUCUAAACUGCCACACCUUCGGAGCAGCCUCGCGCUGUGGUCCACCACAGGAGCCUUGGGGCAUUAGGACUUGCGAGUGUAUACCAGAAUUGGCUGUAUGGGAUUCUAGCAGGGAGAUGUGCCGAUUGUUCGCUGGUCUAGGAGAAACAUGUGAAGUGGACAGUGACUGCCUGGCCGGAGAGUUGGAGAUCCAAUGCGUGAAGGAUCAAGCUGGACAAGGCUACUGCACUUGCCCUGAGGGGCUGGAGGCUGUGGACGGGCUCUGUCUGACAACAGGAUUAGAGCUUGGCGAGACUUGCCAGGUGAGCGCAGAGUGUACCGGCACUCAGCACACUGUCUGUGAAGGAGGAAGGUGCUCCUGCGGAGAUGGCUAUCAGGAGACUGGUAACAUUUGUGCACCUGUUAUCGGCGGUACCUGCAACCAGGACUCGGACUGCGCGAUCCCGGACACAGUUUGCCAGGAUAAUGACGGCUCACUCACCUGCCAGUGUAAGGACGCAUUCGUGGAAUAUAACGACGAAUGCUGGCUAGGUUAG